AUGAAAGGAACAGAGUGGGUAGAUCCAGAAGACCCAACAGUCAUUGCAGAAACAGAAUUACUGGGGGCUGCAGCAUCUUUCGAGGCUGCUGCUAAGAAGCUAGAGCAACUGAAGCCAAGAGCAACGCAAAAACAAGCGAAUGAGACCUUGGAUUUUGAAGAACAGAUCUUAGAAGCUGCUAAAUCCAUUGCUGCUGCCACAAGUGCCCUGGUCAAGUCAGCCUCAGCAGCCCAGAGGGAGCUGGUGGCCCAAGGCAAGGUGGGCUCCAUCCCAGCCAAUGCUGCAGAAGAUGGCCAGUGGUCCCAGGGGCUGAUUACUGCCGCCCUGAUGGUGGCAGCUGCAACCAGCAGCCUCUGUGAGGCCGCCAAUGCCUCAGUACAGGGACACGCCAGCGAAGAGAAACUCAUCUCAUCCACCAAGCAGGUGGCCGCAUCCACGGUUCAGCUACUGGUGGCCUGCAAGGUGAAAGCCGACCAGGAUUCAGAGGCCAUGAGGCGGCUACAGGGGGCAGGUAAUGCUGUGAAGAGAGCCUCAGACAAUCUCGUUCGCGCAGCCCAGAAGGCAGCAUUUGGCAAAGCUGAUGAUGAUGAUGAUGUCGUAGUGAAAACAAAAUUUGUGGGAGGCAUUGCUCAGAUCAUCGCAGCCCAGGAGGAAAUGUUAAAGAAAGAACGGGAACUGGAAGAAGCAAGGAAAACGCUGGCGCAGAUCCGCCAGCAGCAGUAUAAAUUCCUACCCACUGAGCUGAGGGAAGAUGAAGGCUAAGACCAGGCUGGGAUGGCCAGCCCCAGGAAUGGCCCCACAAGCACUGGACAGAUGGUAUUCCUGAGAGCUGGGCACUUAACCUGGGAGCAGCUGCCUGCCUCCCUCUGGGGGAGGAGCCCAGAGCCUCUGAUUC